UGCUAAAGGGAGCAGACAUAUCCGCUAACAAAGUCAGCCAGCGCUGCAGGGACAUGCAUGUCGGACAAACAGCAGGAGAGAGAAAGCUGAACAUGUAUGAAUUCACCACAGCAGCAUUAUACCUAGUCCUGCUUUUGUUUGUACAGGAGACAGAGACCAGUGCUCGGGCUGUCCUGACUGCUGAUCCACAAGGGCCAGACGUGUGGUUACAGGAGACUGUGCGUCUCAGCUGUAAGGUAGAGGAUUCAGACGCAUUCACCGGAUGGGAGUACUCCUGGAAGAAGUUAAGAGAAGCAGAAGAGACCACUCCCUACUCCUAUACUGGAGAAGGCUCUGCUGUUUACACCCUGAACCAGGUGGUGGAGUCUGACAGUGCUCAGUAUUGGUGUGAAGCAAAGGCUGAAAAUCGCAACACGAUAGUCAGCACUCCGUAUACUCUGACAGUGACAUCCCUCCCACCCGUGGUUCUGACUCUACAGACAAGUUGGACAAACUUCUUUAACAGAGAGAGCGUGACUCUGCACUGUGAUAUUCAGGGAGGCUCUCCUGUGUGGGUGUAUAAAUGGUACAGAGGUGAAAAAGAACUUCCUGUGGACACGACUAAGGACACCUAUGAGAUCCGGUCUGCUGAUGAGUCAGACUCAGGAACAUACACAUGUAAAGGACAGCACAAAGAAAGAGUACUGUAUACUGGCAGCAGCAAUACAAUUAAAGUGAAAGUUUCUGCUCCACCGCCUGCUGUGCUAACCCUGGAGCCUGCAUGGAGGACGUUCUACCCCUCUGAGAAAGUCACUCUGAAAUGUGACAUUCAGAGCCAGCAGACUGAGUGGAUCUAUCAGUGGUACAGAGACGGAGAGUCUCGUAACAGUGCGUCCUCCAGAAACACAAAUGAGUUCACAAUCCCAGCUCUAGAUCUGUCACACAGGGGAAGAUACUACUGUAGAGGGGGAAUACCAGGAAGAGCUGUUUCCACUGAAAAGAGCAACUAUGUCACACUGACGGUAGAUGCUCUCCCACUCGUGGUUCUGGCUCUACAGACAAGUUGGACAAACUUCUUUCACGGACAGAGAGUGACUCUGCACUGUGACAUUCAGGGACACUCUCCUGUGUGGGUGUAUAAAUGGUACAGAGGUGAAAAAGAACUUCCUGUGGACACGACUAAGGACACCUAUGAGAUCCGGUCUGCUGAUGAGUCAGACUCAGGAACAUACACAUGUAAAGGACAGCAUGAGGAAAGAGAACUGUAUACUGGCAGCAGCAAUACAAUUAAAGUGAAAGUUUCUGCUCCACCGCCUGCUGUGCUAACCCUGGAGCCUGCAUGGAGGACGUUCUACCCCUCUGAGAAAGUCACUCUGAAAUGUGACAUUCAGAGCCAGCAGACUGAGUGGAUCUAUCAGUGGUACAGAGACGGAGAGUCUCGUAACAGUGCGUCCUCCAGAAACACAAAUGAGUUCACAAUCCCAGCUCUAGAUCUGUCACACAGGGGAAGAUACUACUGUAGAGGGGGAAUACCAGGAAGAGCUGUUUCCACUGAAAAGAGCAACUAUGUCACACUGACGGUAGAUGCUCUCCCACUCGUGGUUCUGGCUCUACAGACAAGUUGGACAAACUUCUUUCACGGACAGAGAGUGACUCUGCACUGUGACAUUCAGGGACACUCUCCUGUGUGGGUGUAUAAAUGGUACAGAGGUGAAAAAGAACUUCCUGUGGACACGACUAAGGACACCUAUGAGAUCCUGUCUGCUGAUGAGUCAGACUCAGGAACAUACACAUGUAAAGGACAGCAUGAGGAAAGAGAACUGUAUACUGGCAGCAGCAAUACAAUUAAAGUGAAAGUUUCUGCAGGGGAGAGAAAGCUGAACAUGUAUGAAUUCACCACGGCAGCAUUAUACCUAGUCCUGCUUUUGUUUGUACAGGAGACAGAGACCAGUGCUCGGGCUGUCCUGACUGCUGAUCCACAAGGGUCAGACGUGUGGUUCAAGGAGACUGUGCGUCUCAGCUGUAAGGUAGAGGAUUCAGAUCCAUUCACCCGAUGGGAGUACUCCUGGAAGAAGUUAAGAGAAGCAGAAGAGACCACACCCUACUCCUAUACUGGAGGAGGCUCUGCUGUUUACACCCUGAACCAGGUGGUGGAGUCUGACAGUGCUCAGUAUUGGUGUGAAGCAAAGGCUGAAAAUCGCACGAUAAUCAGCACUCCGUAUACUCUGACAGUGACAUCUCCACCGCCUGCUGUGCUGACCUUGGAGCCUGCAUGGAGGACGUUCUACCCCUCUGAGAAAGUCACUCUGAAAUGUGACAUUCAGAGCCAGCAGACUGAGUGGAUCUAUCAGUGGUACAGAGACGGAGAGUCUCGUGACAGUGCGCCCUCCAGAAGCACAAAUGGGUUCACAAUCCCAGCUCUAGAUCUGUCACACAGGGGAAGAUACUACUGUAGAGGGGGAAUACCAGGAAGAGCUGUUUCCACUGAAAAGAGCAACUAUGUGACACUGACGGUAGAUGCCCUCCCACCCGUGGUUCUGACUCUACAGACUAGUUGGACAAACUUCUUUAACGGAGAGAGAGUGACUCUGCACUGUGACAUUCAGGGUGGCUCUCCUGUGUGGGUGUAUAAAUGGUACAGAGGUGAAAAAGAACUUCCAGUGGACAUGACUAAGGACACCUAUGAGAUCCGGUCUGCUGAUGAGUCAGACUCAGGAACAUACACAUGUAAAGGACAGCAUAAAAAAAGAGUAUUGUAUACUGGCAGCAGCAAUACAAUUAAAGUGAAAGUUUCUGCCCUCCCACCCGUGGUUCUGACUCUACAGACGAGUUGGACAAACUUCUUUAAUGGAGAGAGCGUGACUCUGCACUGUGACAUUCAGGGAGGCUCUCCUGUGUGGGUGUAUAAAUGGUACAGAGGUGAAAAAGAACUUCCAGUGGACAUGACUAAGGACACCUAUGAGAUCCGGUCUGCUGAUGAGUCAGACUCAGGAACAUACACAUGUAAAGGACAGCAUAAAAAAAGAGUAUUGUAUACUGGCAGCAGCAAUACAAUUAAAGUGAAAGUUUCUGCUCCACCGCCUGCUGUGCUAACCCUGGAGCCUGCAUGGAGGACGUUCUACCCCUCUGAGAAAGUCACUCUGAAAUGUGACAUUCAGAGCCAGCAGACUGAGUGGAGAUAUCAGUGGUACAGAGACGGAGAGUCUCGUGACAGUGCAUCCUCCAGAAGCACAAAUGAGUUCACAAUCCCAGCUCUAGAACUGUCACACAGGGGAAGAUACUACUGUAGAGGGGAAAUACCAAGAAGAGCUGUUUCCACUGAAAAGAGCAACUAUGUGACACUGACUGUAGAUGCUCUCCCACCCGUGGUUCUGACUCUACAGACUAGUUGGACAAACUUCUUUAACGGAGAGAGAGUGACUCUGCGCUGUGACAUUCCGGGAGGCUCUCCUGUGUGGGUGUAUAAAUGGUACAGAGGUGAAAAAGAACUUCCUGUGGACACGAAUAAGGACACCUAUGAGAUCCGGUCUGCUGAUGAGUCAGACUCAGGAACAUACACAUGUAAAGGACAGCAUAAAGAAAGAGAACUGUAUACUGGCAGCAGCAAUACAAUUAAAGUCAAAGUUUCUGCUCUCCCACUCGUGGUUCUGACUCUACAGACUAGUUGGACAAACUUCUUUAAUGGAGAGAGCGUGACUCUGCACUGUGACAUUCAGGGUGGCUCUCCUGUGUGGGUGUAUAAAUGGUACAGAGGUGAAAAAGAACUUCCUGUGGGCAUGACUAAGGACACCUACGAGAUCCUGUCUGCUGAUGAGUCAGACUCAGGAACAUACACAUGUAAAGGACAGCAUAAAGAAAGAGUACUGUAUACUGGCAGCAGCAAUACAACUGCACUGAAGGUUUCUGGGAACACACCCAAACCACAGGUGUCCCUGGACUCCCCCAGUGGGGAAAUCUUCACAGGAGAUACAGUGACCCUGAGCUGUAGGGUUGGCACAGAUCCUGCUGGCUGGAAGUAUCUCUGGUACAGAGAAACACAGAGAGCAGCACUAACCAGCACUGACUCCAGCAGCACUGACGGGUCCAGUUACACCAUCCGCCAUGCUGCUGAGUCACACAGGGGAGAGUACCGGUGUCGAGCAGGGAGAGGGAGAGGCCCUUUCUACACCCAAUACAGUGACUCUUUCAAACUCAACAUUACUGCUCGUCCUCAUGCUGUGCUGACCCUGGAGACUCCAUGGACAGGGAUCUUCAGGACAGACAGUCUGACACUGAGGUGUGAGGUUAAUGGGAGCCCGGCUAAGUGGAACUACACGUGGUACAGAGAUGGACAGAGUCUUCUACUGGACCCCAGCAGAGACAGACUCAUACUGACCUCAGCAAACGACUCCUACAACAGCGAAUAUAGUUGUAGAGGAAACAGAACAGACAGGCCAACUUACACAGAGAUCAGCGAAGGAUUUAGAGAACGCAACAUUGUUCUGAAGCGCAAGAUCCUGGUGUCUGUUGCCAGCUCAUUCUUACUGGGGAUUAUCCUGAUUAUACUGGGAUGUAUAUGCCUGAGAAUGAAAAUGAAGUCGAGGAAGUCAAUUUACAAGACGACAGCACAAAGCAGCAUGUUUUUCUCAAAACCACCCACAGACAUUUCAGCAAACCUGCAGAGUGACGUUGACGAUUUCACUGAUGUACAACAGUCCACUGGAGCAGAAGAUGAUGGCAGCAUUGAGCUUUACUCCAUUCUGAACCUGGAGAAGAGGAAGGAAGUAUUCCCAACAAAAAAGGAUCCAGAAGAAUUCACGUCAUUCAAAGCUGACCAGUGAAGGGAAAAACAUCUCAGUUGGGAACAUCGCAGAUGGGUGUGAUCGCAAAGGAAAGCGUGAGGAUUUUAUUUAAUGCAGGAGAACUUCAUCCCAUGGUUCGGAGAUGAAUGUAGGGAAAUGGUUGGCAUUUAUAUAGCGCCUUUAUCCAAAGCGCUGUACAAUUGAUGCUUCUCAUUCACCCAGUCAUACACACAUUCACAUACCAACGGCGAUUGGCUGCCAUGCAAGGCACCGACCAGCUCAUCAGGAGCAAAUGGGGGUUGGGUGUCUUGGUCAGGGACACUUCGACACAGCUCGGUCGGGGGAUUGAACCAGCAACCCUCCGACUGCCAGACAACUGCUCUUACUGCCUGAGCCAUGUCGCCCCCAUGGAUAGGUUUAUCCAUUGCAUUACAUUAUUGGCAAGACAAUCCUCCCCUGGAGCAAUGCAGGGUUAAGGGCCUUGCUCAAGGGCCCAACAGCUGUGCGGAUCUUAUUGUGGCUACACCAGGAUUAGAACCACCUUAACCACUAUGCUACAGGAUGCCCCUGUAUCCAAUGCACAUAUCAUGCAGUGCAUAGCUCACCUUUAGGUAGGAUACGUGUACUUGAUUUAUUUUCAUUCUUUUUGCUUCUUAGUGAAUAAAUGUGAAAUUAGAACAUUCAAGCUGUGACACAUUCCUUAGUUCUUUACAUUGUUUGAUUAUAUCCUUUUUUAAAUCUAUCUUUUUUAAAAUCUAUUUUAGUAUUCUUCACAAAAUGGCAUGAGAAAUCCAACAGGAAUUGGAAGACUUGGAGAUAUUUUGCUUAGCCAAAUCAGCCAAAUCAUGUAACUGCUAUUUUAUUUGUUUUCUCUGUUCAUUUAUUCUUUAUGCUUUUUUUUUUCCUCAACAUUUCCUCUUGGGACCAAUUCUGUUCUGCUGAAGUAUGUAAGAAGUAAGAAGAAAUCUGAAUGUGUGUGUGAUGACAUUUCUGUACAGGGACUUCUGAUGAAUGGUCAUUGAUCAAAUGUCAAACAGGACUAUUAUUUAUGCAUCUUUGACGUGUGUUGUCUAUACUUUUUUUUAAUCAGACUGCUAGUGAAUUUGGCAAAAAUGUAUUUUGAUA